AUGCCAUUGGGUGACACGCAGCCAAGCAUGGCCACUUUUGGAGAAACGCAGGUCGACAUGUGCACUCUGGACACAUUGCCUAUGGAGAUGGAAGCCUCGACUGUGGACUCUUCACCCGAUGCUGCAGGUCCCAUGCUUGCCCAGCCCGUGGUUCCUCAGGAUGUUCAUGAACCUCAGCCUGUGCAGACAGGUCAAGUUGCCCAGGCCCAUGUUGUGCAGCAGAUCGCCCCGCCAGUGACUCCUGUGACACAACCGAGCCUGAUGCCUAGCCAGCCCGUGCAGAGUUUGGUUGUCCCACAGCCUGCAGUUCCAGUGGUCCAACCAGUGCAGCCUUUGCCUGUCCCUGCAGUGCCCAUGGCGAAUCAGAUGGUUACCCAACCUGAGCAGCCUCCACAGCCAGCAGUGGUCCAACCUCUGCAGCCUUUGCCUGUCCCUGCAGUGCCCAUGGCGAAUCAGAUGGUUACCCAACCUGAGCAGCCUCCACAGCCAGCAGUGGUCCAACCUAGGCAGCCUUUGCCUGUCCCUGCAGUGCCCAUGGCGAAUCAGAUGGUUAACCAACCUGAGCAGCCUCCACAGCCAGCAGUGGUCCAACCUCUGCAGCCUUUGCCUGUCCCUGCAGUGCCCAUGGCGAAUCAGAUGGUUGACCAACCUGAGCAGCCUCCACAGCCAGCAGUGGUCCAACCUAGGCAGCCUUUGCCUGUCCCUGCAGUGCCCAUGGCGAAGAUGGUUACCCAACCUGAGCAGCCUCCGCAGGCAGCAGUGGUCCAACCUGUACAGCCUUUGCCUGUCCCUGCAGUGCCCAUGGCGAAUCAGAUGGUUACCCAACCUGAGCAGCCUCCACAGCCAGCAAUGGUCCAACCUCUGCAGCCUUUGCCUGUCCCUGCAGUGCCCAUGGCGAAUCAGAUGGUUAACCAACCUGAGCAGCCUCCACAGCCAGCAGCCCCCGUGCAGACUUUGGCAAAUGUAGCACCAGAACGUGCACGGCCUCGAGCACCUGCAGUGGCUGCUCAGCCAGCAGUCCCUCAGCAAAGCCAGCAGCAAAAGACACAGCAGCCAGAGGUGGCAGCGGCAGAAGCAAAAGAACGAGAGCAAGCUGACAAAGACUUGCAAGCUAUAGGUUGGCUGACUGGCAAGUCAUGUCGACCUCAGGCCAGCCCUCAUGGCACAUCAGCUGCGGAGCAUGUUGAUGGUUCAGCAGACAAUGCAAAUAUGUUGCGUCGGCAGAAGAGUCAAGUUUUCCAACUUCCGCCAGAUUUGCAUUCGCAGACAGGCCCCAAUCAGGCACUUCCUGCCCGCCCUCAGCCUGCAGCUGUUGUCAAGUUGGAGCCGGUUGUGCGCCAGCCUUUGCCAGUGCAAAGCUCCAAGCCACAGCCCAUGGAUGCAGAGUACAGCCGCCGAGCAGCUGCAAAUUUGCUUGCAAGGCUCAAGAAGAAUCCUUCCAGGUUGGAUGGCCUGCCAUCACUUCGCAAGAUGGUUUUUGAGGAAAAGAAGAAGAACGAUUUGAUUUCCAUGCUGUGUGAAAAUGGUGGCAACCUGGAGCAAGUUCAGGUGAACUUGCAGCAGCAGGAGGAAGUUGGUCGGGUUUUCUCAGCCAAGAAGAAAGCUCUGCGUUUUACCAAGAAGCAGAUGGAGGAUUCUUAUGGACAAGAUGCCGACAAAGUCAUGAAGUUUAAGGAGUCCAUUGGGAUGAUUGAGGAAGAUGAGAACAACCCAGGCGGCAUUGUGUACCUCAUUGCCCAGCGUGAGGAUGAGGAGGACAACUACAACAGAUCAGGCUGGGAUGUGCUGCGCAUUUUUUCCAUGAACAUUCUGUCGGCAAUUUAA